GACGGUAAAUAGAGAACUUCUUUGAAGCUAACUGCUAGUAGCCUACCGUAGACAUUGCGUUAUUUGCAGUGUCUGUGGUGUGAGUCACCAACACCCACACAUUGACAGUGUAUCCGGACGCGGAUUACAGAUUAUGUUCCUUUUUGUGUCAACUAGCAUUGUCUGCAAGAUAUAUAGAACAGCAUUAGUGUUUUGCUAAAUAAUGUGCGUUGGAAUUUGAUUUAAUUCAGCCACUGCGUAGUAGUAAGCAUGCUAUUCUGUUAUAGCUAGGCAGACAUACAUAGCAAACCUUUCUAUGUAGCAAACUCAGAGUAACGUCUGAUUAGUUAGUUGCAUUAUACCGUAGUCUGACCAGUUCUUCCGCGAAGACAGAAAGACGCCGUUUGACAAGUACUUUGUUUAAUUUAGCCAAGUUUUGAUUUCGUAAACUGAUUUGAUGAUGGGUGCCCACCGAAGUGAAGGGCGCAGCAGAGACUGGCUUCAACAAGAACCCACGGAACAACAAGUGCAGUCCGUGAAUCCAUGGAAUAUCAUGAUAAAGCACAGACAGGUCCAUCGCCGUGGUCGACGCUCACAAAUGACAGUCAGCUACACUGAUCCAGUCAUAUCCAUGGACCUCCUGAGGACUGUUCUGCAGCCCAGCUUCAACGAGGACAUCUUGGGGGUCUUCAAGAAGUACAUGAAGUUUUUUGAAAAGGCGGCCGGUAAUGUAAAGGAGAACAUCGGUGAAGAGGUGCAGACUGAUCAGCUGAUUAAGGAAGCCUGCCGAAAUUGCCUGGAAUAUGCGAAACGUCUUUUCCCUGAAGGAGAAAAAACUGUUCCUAGACCAAGUGUUGAGCCGCCAGUCAAGAGAGCUAGGCAAAUUGAGGAUGACUCCAGUCAGAGGGGAAGCCCAGUGCCAAAGAAGCGGAAAGGAAGACCCCCAGGCCCAGCCAUUCCCUAUGACAGGCCAGUCCAGUUCAGCACUCCAGCCAAGCCCAAAGUUCCUGAAGCAGUCAAACGGGAAGGGCCAAAGUGGGAUCCUUCAAGAUUAAAUGACAAGAGCACGUUUGUGUUGGGAUCAAGAGCAAACAAGGCUUUAGGGAUGGGUGGCACAAGAGGGCGAAUUUACAUCAAGCAUGCAGACCUCUUCAAGUAUGCUGCAGAUGCUCAAGAUAAGCACUGGCUUGCAGAGAAACAGCACAUGAAGGCUACUGGUGGAAAAAUGGCCUACCUCCUUGUGGAAGAGGACGUUCAAGAUCUUGCUGCCAGUGACGACUAUAGAGAUUGCCCUGAACUGAAAAUGGAUGAAAUGAAGCCGUUUGGAGUUCCGAUAUGGAUGAUUGAAAAGAUGCAAAAAGCAAUGGACUCCCAGAGGUCAGAGAGGGAAUGAAAACCAACACUCUGGCUCGAAUGUCACGAGUCGCGAUGAAUCGGUUGAUGACUACCCUUCACCUUUAUUCCAAAUCACUGCAGUAGAGUUCUCAAAAACAAGGCUAGAUUUGUUUACUUUUUUGAUUACAAUAGCGCACAUACUGAUGCCACAAGAUACUUUCACUGCAGUUUUUAAAAUAAAUGUGAACGUGUGCGAUGACUUACAAUUGUGUUGAUCACUGUUCUUGUUUCUAAAAUAGUUUUGUUUUUCAUACAUUUGAAUUCAAUGCACACAUUUUUUUAUGUGCGCAUCUUUAGGAUCUACACAGGGAAACACCGUUUUUUACUCAUUUUUAGUUUGUAGUCCCUCAGGUACCGCGUCGACAUAAUGCUGUCACUAACAACAAAAAGUUGGAGCAGAAACUAAUCAGGCACCUAUAGGCUAUGUGGAGAAGCAGAGUUGCCUUAAAAGUCCACAUAACAAGAGAAUGUGUGUGUAGCCUACUGUACCAGUGUGCGACAGUUUGCUUGACAAUGAUUUAGUGGGUUUUUGUCAUUAGUAUUUCUUUUACAUUUACAUUACUCUCACUGAUAUCAGGUAUGUGCUGAUGACUGAGCUGAUUUUUAUUUUUAUUUUUAUUAAUGAACUGGGGUGUUACAUGAAUUGUUGCCCUCAUAUUGUAUUCCUUUUUAAAAGAGCUAUAUUUUUGCUUGGUGAGUGCGUGUGUGUGCUACCACUGUGUAAGUUUCUUUCUUUCUUUUUCUUUCUUUCUUUCACCUUGUCUUUAUAAUUACAUUUUACUCAUGUAUGGACGUGUAAAGACAUUUUAUAGCAUAGGCCUACUUGCAUUUUCCCACUGUUUAAAUGUUUCAAACUAAUGUUACAAUGACUGGAAACAGUUUUCUUGCAACAUAAUUGCGUCUUUUAGAAAAUAUAUAUAUAAUGUGAUGGAUUUGCAUAAUAGUCUUAUCAAUGUGUCAAAUGGUUAAGAAAAGUGUUAAGGAAAAAAAGAAAAGUACCUGAUGUUCACAGAGGUUUUGCUAUUAUUAAAUAUUUUUAAAGUA